AUGAAUGACAUGGGUGUUGCUGGAGACCCGCCCGGACCCAAGAAGCAACGCCGCGGUGCUUCAGGUCACACCGUGGUAAUCGCCCCAUACCGGCCGAACCUCACCCGCCUAGAGAGCGCCCUCGCGGCCGCCGGCGACGAGGUCACGGUCAACACCACCGACUCGUUCCACGGCUGCGAGGGUUUUGUCGCCGCACCGCCUCUGCGUCGCCGCCACCACGCAUGCCUCGCACUCAUUACGCCCAAGCUCUCAAACGUGGCAAGCGUGGCCUGCUCCAAUCAUGGAGCGUCUGCUGGCUUCGACUGCUGGCUUCGCAAGCCGCAGGACGCCCGCUACCGCGAGCGCCUCACAAUGAGCACGUCCAGUCCAUGGCCCAGCUCCUGCGCGUGA